GGAAACAAAAUGGCACCGUCGGACACUCGAGUCACGUGACCAUCCCAAUCGAUAAGAGUCGUGGGGUAAACAGAAUAUAAACCCACUAGCGGAUGUGUCGUCCGUUUUGUAAACUUGGCCCCUCGGGAGCGGUGAGCGGACGUGCUUGUAGACAGAUCAUAAAUAUGGCGGGAAAAUGGAAUACGUACACGCAUGUGCUGCUCGUGGUAACGGCUUUAUCGUCUGCUGUCUUCUCCGAAAAUACCAAUGAUUUACAAUACACCUUCGAAGAUCCAAACAGCAACGGGGACAGCGAUCUGAAUGAUGUCAAACCUGACCUUGACCUUGCAACUUUUCAAAAUGAAGGGUACAGUAAUUCACCGGCACAGCCAAUAGGAAGCACGUGGGAUGCCGUCCAACACGAGAUCGGGAAGGUUAUUGGGAACGGGUAUGUUCCCAAUAAAGUGUCUCGACCACAAACCCAAGAAACUCCCGAGGUUCCUGAUACGGACAUCAACAGGGAGGAAGCAUUACGAAGUAUGUACGCUCGACUCGUUUUGGCUGCAAAAUCAAAGCGAGGUUUGUAUGGAAACGUCCUCGGUGGAUACAAGCUCGGCAAGAGAGAGUUCAUUCCGUACGAGUUCAUGAAUGAAUACCAGAAGCGUCUAUUUGGUAGCGUGCUCAACAACUACAAGUUUGGUAAACGUGUGCCGGAAGAGCUGCCGGAAAACUACGUGACAGGCGGACAAAUUUACGACAACUACAGGGAGGACCCCCGUGAAAGGAAACGAGUGUUUGGGGGAGUCCUCGGGGGUUACAAGAUGGGGAAAAGGAAUCUUCUAAACGGCUACCGUCUGAGACGGGUGUGGUAUCCACACCCGUCCUAUCGAAGUGUUUACGACAAUGUCCAAAGGGACUCCGCAUGAUCUGGUCGAAUACACAAUGUUAAUCAUCAGAAUUCAGGGAUUAAAGUAAAAGCAUAGAUACAUGGA